AUGGGCAGUGCUUAUCACUGGGAGGCCCGGCGCCGGCAGAUGGCUUUGGACCGGAGGAGGUGGCUGAUGGCCCAGCAGCAGCAGCAGCAGCAAGAGCAGGAACUGAAGAAACUCCAAGAAGAGGAACAGCAAUCUGAGAAAAAACCCCAGCCAUCUCAGGAGUCUCAGCGGGAGUUGCAGCCACCACCGGCACAGCUACGUUCGCUACUUGCACAACCGCAGGCGCCGCCGCCGCAGGUACCCGAGCAGCCGCAGCCGCCACCGCAGCCGCCUCCUCAGCCAAAGCAACAAAAUGCCCAAGACCCUCUUACUCAGCGCACCUCCCAGCACAUUCUCCAGCAUUCCCAAAGGCCGGGCCCCCACAAGGACAAAUUCCAAGGAGAGACGACCAACCUUCAAGGUCCGGUCAACGAAUUAUAUCCAGCAGUGGUGACUCAGAGAUAGACCCCCAAGACCCCUGGCCAUCAGCAAAAAUCAGAUGAGCAACCCCAUCUUCUCACCACCCAGCAACAUCUCCACUUCAAAAGCCAACCCCUCCUGAUCCACUCUAGCGGGGGAGGCUAGCUGAGAAUAA